AUGACUCUUGCCUGAUCUCUGUCGUCGUCCGGCAGCUGGAGUGAGCUGAAGUUGAUACCGCAAAAAGUUUGUUCUUUUCAGAUACUUCGCUUAUCAAACCCAAAACAACAUGGCGGAUCUAAGUUUUGUCAUCUCCAUGUCUGUGAUGACGCUGUUUUGGGGUAUAGUCGGAGGGGUAGUGCCCUGGUUUAUCCCCAAAGGACCAAACAGAGGAGUUAUUGUCACAAUGCUGGUGUUAACUGCAGUGUGCUGCUACUUGUUCUGGCUGAUAGCAAUUCUGGCCCAGCUGAACCCACUUUUUGGACCGAGCCUGUCUACUGACGUCAUCCUGUACCUGAGAUAUCACUGGCCUUAAUUUCUGCUUCCAGGAUAUUUGAUGUUAGAGAAGGGGACAACCUGGUACUGCUUGAUGUCAUCACAGUAGCCUUUUACUCACUACAGAGACCAUUCCUUCUGAAUUGCCUUAAAUGUGGAUCCCUGUUUGAUAAAUGAAUGAUACCCACACUGGUGCCUUGUACAAACCUACCCAAAGGACUUCUGAGAGAUCUCACUGAAUAUCUUUCACUUUCAAUGAGAGCAGCCUUCACUUUGUGAUUUGUAGUUAUCUAUUAUUAUGUAUAAUGCGCUUUAUGUUGUUGUUAAUAUAAGUGACUGUAAUUAAGUGUGUGGUGUGUUUGUGUUUAUCCAUAAUUGCCUGUUAGCAAUGAUGGAUGCAAUCCAUGUAUUAUUUGUUGAUUAAUAAACAAGUAACCAACUC